CAAGGCCUGCUGCUCUUCACCCAGCCUGCCUAUAAUGCUUCCAUCUUCGAGAACUCUGCCACACGAACCUAUACCAGAAGUGAGGUCAAAAUGGGCAUUAUUCUUGCUCCGCCUCGGUCUUUAGACAUUAAAUAUUCCAUUGCAUCUGGAGACAACGAGGGAAUCUUCCAGGCUGAGGAGUUUGUAAUGGGGGAUUUUUGUUUCCUCCGUAUUCGCACUAACGGAGGCAGCGGCGCCAUAUUGAAUCGGGAAGUACAGGACAAUUACACACUGACAGUUAAGGCAUCUGCUCAAGGAGGCCUAGAGGCCUUAGCCACUAUUUAUAUCAAGGUCUUGGAUACCAAUGAUCUCCGACCUCUCUUCUCCCCAACCUCUUAUUCAUUUGUUGUCCCUGAGACUGCCCCUCUGGGUACCAGCAUCGGACGUGUAACGGCCACAGACGCCGAUGUGGGCUCCAACGGGGAGUUCUACUACUUCUUCAGGAACAAGGUUGAACUCUUUGCUGUUCAUCCGACCAGUGGGGUCAUCACCCUGACAGGUCAACCCAGGGUGGACAAGGAAGAACGAUUUGAGCUGGAGGUACAGGUUGUCGACAGAGGGAUGAAACUCUAUGGGAACAAUGGUAUCAGCAGCACUGCUAGACUGAUCCUAGCUGUACAGAGGGUUAAUGAAUUUGCUCCUGUUCUCAGUGCAGUUGCUGUUGUUCCAUCAUGGACGGACAAGGACCCUGUCUAUGCCGUAGUGACAGUGGAAGAUAAAGACGAGGGAGUGUCUGGGGAAAUUGAGUGGGUUUCCAUCAUUGAGGGUGACCCCCUUGAACAGUUUGUAGUUGAUAGAUCGCCUGGUGGGAAUGAGUACAGGGUGAGGACAUCAGAAAUCAUUGACUGGGAUGCAUUCCCCUAUGGUUGCAACAUAACCUUCCAGGCGAAAGACAGGGGUAUACCUCCAAAGUUUUCUAAUACGCAAGUUGUUCAGUUGUUGGUUACAAAGCCAGACCCAGUUCUCGCGAAUUUUGAAAAAGAUGUUUAUGUAGUCAAGCUGAGUGAAAUAGCUCCCCCAGGCACUAUUGUGGAGGUGGUGAAAAUCUCCCCAGCUUCUCUGAGUGUCAAUUACAGCUUCAGCGGCCUCUCAGAUCCAACCUACUUUGAUAUGAACCCUUUGACUGGAGUUAUUAUGACCACAAGGCAUUUGACGAGAAUAUCACAGGAUUAUAUGGAGAUGGAGGUAGUUGAUACUAUCAGUCAGAGGCGAGCAAGGGUCCAAAUCACCAUAGAGGAUGCAAAUGACAACUCUCCAGUGUUCAAUAAGCCAUUUUAUGAUGUUGCAAUCAACGAGAGUUUACCCGUAGGCACCGUAGUUCUUGUAGUGUCUGCAGGUGAUUAUGAUAAAGGAGAGAAUGGGUUUGUAACCCAUACAAUCAGUGGCGACCAGUCACUUCCAUUUGUUAUAGACCAAGACUCAGGUCAGGUCAGGAUCACAAGGGACCUGGACUUCGAGUCAUCAGAUGAUAUCUAUAUUUUUGCGGUGCGGGCAUCUGACUGGGGUUCCCCCUACAGAAGGGAGAGUGAAGUUAACGUUACCAUUCGUCUGAUAAAUAACAAUGACAACCAGCCUCUUUUUGAGAGGGUUUCUUGCAGGGGGAUGAUAAGCCGUGAUUUCCCUGUCAGUGAGACGAUUGUCACUAUGUCAGCUGUAGACAUGGACGAGCUCGGAAUGGUGAAGUAUAAGAUACUGUCUGGGAACGAGUUAGAAUAUUUUGAAUUAAAUCCAGACUCUGGAGCUUUGUCACUGAAAAGGUCAUUAGAAGUAGAUAAUUUAAAAAAUGGGAUAUUCAACCUUAAAUUGGUGGCAACAGAUGGAGAAUUGGUCUCUGAUCCUACAUUUGUAAAUGUAUCUGUGGUGAGGGGCAGGAUGCCACCCAGGGGGUUCAACUGCAGAGAGACCAGAGUAGCUCAGCUGUUGGCAGAAAAAAUGCUGUCAAAAGCGUCAGCCAUGGCUAGAGCCCGACCUGCAGACAGUUAUACAGACCUCUUCUUCAUGAACAAACAGGCUCCACAGUUUGAGGCCUUGCCCACGAGUAUUCUAGUGAGAGAAGACCUUGCCACUGGUGCCAGCAUUUUUCAGGUGCGAGCACGAGAUGGUGACACGGGCUUCAAUGGCCGUGUCCUCUUUUCCAUAUCUGAUGGUAACAAAGAAAACUGCUUCAACAUCAGCAUGGAGACCGGGUUGUUAACUGUACUGCAGCCACUCGAUCGUGAGCGCAUGGAUCGUUACUUCCUUAACAUCACCAUCUACGAUCAGGGCAUCCCUCAGAUGUCCAGUUGGAGGCUGCUCACCGUGAUCAUCGAGGAUGCAAAUGACAAUGACCCCGAGUUUUAUCAGGACAGCUUCUCGGCUCUUGUGUCUGAAAACUCUGCCGUUGUUUGGAAUCGACAGUGA